AUGCAGGACUUCGAACCCAUCCUCGCCCCGGCCAAGCCGAAGCAGAAGAAGCUUCCCUUCGGCUGGCCGCCAGCCCUCAAGCUCUCGACUCUCAGCCCAGUACCUCAGCGCCGGCGGUUGCGUAGGAAAUCCACAGCUUCGCAGGAUAAUGUUGCCGCCCUCAAGACCUCGUUCGACGUGUGGGAGAGCAUAAAAUCUCUGCAAACAAGGAAAUGGAAGAUCUACGACAUCCAGCAUGUUGUCUGUCUUGGCUUCAUCCUCUUCUCGCUGUUCAUCUUGCCCUCGGCGCCCAUCAUCAAGACGGCCGUCCUGCUCGCUCUCGGCGGCCUGCUUCUGAUGCCCAUCACCCAGCAAUUCUUCUUGCCCUCGCUUCCCAUCUGGACCUACUUGCUGUACUUCUUUGCCAGCCGAUUCAUUGCCCCUGAGUACCGUCCUCACAUCUGGGUCAAGGUCCUCCCUGCGCUCGAGAACGUUCUCUACGGAGCCAACUUGUCCAACAUUCUCUCGGCCCACAGCCACCCUGUCCUCGAUUUGCUCGCCUGGUUCCCUUAUGGAAUCGGCCACUUUGCCCUCCCGGCCAUCUGCAGCGCUAUCCUCUUCCUUUUUGCCGCGCCCGGCAGCACCCCCGUCUUUGCUCGGGCCUUCGGCUACAUGUGCAUGCUCGCCGUCACCAUCCAGCUGAUUUUCCCCUGCACGCCUCCAUGGUACGAGAAGGCGCACGGCUUGGAGCCGGCUCACUACGGCAUGGAGGGUUCCCCCGCCGGUCUGGCCCGCAUCGACAAGCUCUUUGGCGUCGACAUGUACACCACCAGCUUCACCACCGCGCCCUUGCCGUUCGGUGCCUUCCCCAGCUUGCACGGUGCCAACGCCGUCCUUGAGGCGCUGUUCAUGCAAUACUACUUCCCCAAGUUCAAGUACUUCUUCAUCUUCUAUGUUGGCUGGAUCUGGUGGGCCACCAUGUACCUCAACCACCACUAUGCCGUCGAUCUCGUUGGUGGUGGUCUCAUGGCUGCUAUCGCCUACUACAUCUCUCGCGUCAGGUGGCUUCCUCGCCCCCAGCUCGAGAAGCGCACCCGCUGGGAGUACGAGUAUGUCGAGUUCGGUGACCGCCCCAAGACCUACGAUGAGGAGUACGGCAGCGCCAGCGCCUACGGCCUUGGUCUCCUCGAGAGACGCACCGCCAGCGACAGCGACGAGUGGACCCUUGGCAGCAGCUCCAGCCUCGACUCCCUGAGCCGCGGCGACACCGUAUGCGGCAGCAGCAGCAGCACUCCCGAUAUCCUAAGCCCCACCACGCCAAAUGACGAUUUCAAGCAUGUCGUGCUUGGUUUGACGCCCCAGGGUGAUAUCUGGAACGGAGGCAGGCUUGCCCGCGAGAGCGAGCUGAGCGAUGUUGUUGUCUUGAGCUGA